AUGGGGAGCCGGAGGGAGGAGGAGAGGAACGAGAAGAUCAUCCGCGGCCUCAUGAAGCUGCCGCCCAACCGCAAGUGCAUCAACUGCAACAGUGUGGGGCCACAAUAUGUAUGCACCAAUUUCUGGACCUUUACAUGCUUGUCAUGUAGUGGGAUACACCGUGAGUUCACUCACCGUGUUAAAUCAGUGUCAAUGUCUAAAUUCACUACCCAAGAAGUGCGGGCUCUUGAACAGGGUGGUAACCAGCGAGCACGUGAUAUCUACCUAAAAGAUUGGGAUUGGCAGCGAAUGAGGUUGCCUGACAACAGCAAACCAGAUAGGAUAAGGGAAUUUAUCAGAACUGUUUAUGUAGACAAGAAGUAUGCUGGUGCGAAGUCCACCGACAAACCAGCCACUGAUAGUGAGAGUGUAAAGGGCAAUGAAAGUGAAACAAGAAGACCCGACUCCUAUCAUUCAUACUCGCAAAGCCCACCUUAUGAUUUUCAGUAUGAGGAUAGACGAUAUGGCAAGCAAGUUAACACGCUUGCUCGUAGGCCUUCGGAUAGGGCACUCUUUGAUGGGAAACUCGGCAGCCUAUUGUACAGUCCGGGUCGUUCCAGGGAUCAGAUGCAUGAAGAUCGAUUUGCUAAUGAGAGUCACGGAUCAAGAUUUUCUGACUUUUCAGCCUCAAGCACCAGUGACUUUAGAAACGAUGUGCUUUCUCCUAGCUCUCAGGAUACAGGGUACAGCAGCCCUUCUGUGCACCAUUCAAGAAAUGUAUCAGCUGAAAAUCCUCAAUCCCAAAGACAUCCAAAUGCAGUUUCACAAAUAGAAUCUAAUGGAGGUCAUCGUUCACAGCGAACAGCUUCUUCUGGAAGUUUUGGAUCGUUUGAUGGUAGCUCACCAUCUAAUAAAUCAGUUGAUUCAGGUGUCCUACCUGAUGCACCUACAGAAAGGCCAGUGCCCUCUGCUGCAAACCGUCAGAGUGGGGCAUCUUCUGUAGCUCAUUCUACACAACCGUAUGCCUUGCAGCAGAGUGCGAAUUCUUCAGCCAGCCAAAUUGCCCCCCAAGAAUCUCUGCGGCAUUUGCCUGUUUCAGCCCAACCACAACCACAACCAACGGCUUUCUCUAAUCAAGACCUCUUUGACAUGUCAACAUUGCCGCAACCCGUUGUUUGUGCACCACCAAUAGAUUUGUUUGCCGGCUUUAAUCAACAGACUGCAUCAGUUCCUAAUGGUCAUUCUGAUGUUGUUAAAGAAGCUGUGCAUAAUGCUGUGGUUCAGAAGGUUGUCACGGCUUCAGCGUCUGUAUCAGCAGAAGCAGUCCCCACAUCUCAUCCUGUGCACCAAGAUCUCUUCAGUCUGUCAAUAGCGCAGGACUCAGCAACUUCUUCUUCCCCUCCGUCAGUGGAUCUGUUUGCUGGCUUUGACCAACAGCUGCCACCUACGUCUAGUGUUCAUCAUAUUACACCAGCAGCUCCAUUGCCUGCUAAUGAAGGGUGGGCAUUCUUCGACACACCUCAAUAUGGUUCGUCAACUUCUGUUUCAAAUGUGCAAUCUCAGGUGCCUGCUGCAUUGCCAAGUGUUGUUGCCAAAGCAAUUGAUCAAUCAACAUUGCCAAAUUCACCACCAAGUGCCAUCAUGUCACAAACAUCUCCGCCUACUAUGGACCAGUGGAGUUUAAAUGCUGAAGAGGUGAAGAUCCCUGUCUCGAAGGAAAACUCCCAGGACUGGAAUGCCUUUGGUGAAUCCACUGGGAACAUGCCUAAUAAUGUGUUUGCAUUCAAUGAUAUGCCUCAAGUAGCACCUCAUCAGUUUGCCAUACCCGGUGUUCCAUACAUGGGAUCCAGAACUUCGCAGGACUUGGCUAGGGGUGAGCCUGAAAGGUCAACUCCUGGGGAUAUAUUCCCUGGCUUCAAUGUCUCUCCUGGUGUCCUGGCUGAGCCAUCAUUUCCUGCACCACUUCAAUCCCAACUGGACAUGGUGUCUCAGGCUGGAAAAUCAACAAAUCCGUUUGACAUGGCAUUUGAGUCUGAUGUCGAAGCCAACGACAUGUUUAUGGAUUUGACCUCACUACAAGCAACAUUGCCGGAUCCUCAUGUUCCCGCAGACUACUCCGGCAACUUAACCGAGCCAUGGAUGCCUCAGAAUUCUACGGUGCCAUAUAUUCCUUCUGCAUCUCAGGAAAGAGAGUUUUAUUCCAUAAUCAGAGGGUUACAAUCGAGAGGCACCAACUCCUCAAUACAAGGAGGGUUGUCAUACAUCCCGGGGCAAGUACAAGACUCCCAUAUGCUGAACUCGGCACAGCAAGGACAGUUUCCACCAAGAAAUCCAUUUGAUGAAUGA